CGAGAGAGGAGAAGUCACAGCUCACCACACAAAGAAAGAAAAUUGAAUUUUGAACUUUGUGAAGAAGCUGUGUUGGUUGGAGUCUCUCUCUGUUAGGCAAAACAUCAAACACGUAGAAGACCAUUGGGAUUUUGUCGGCAUAUCGAAUCGAUACUUGGGUCAUUUGCAGAUUUCUCAAAUAUGCAAAGCAUAAAGAAAUCUAUACUGAGUCAUGUGAAUUUGAGAAGGUCAACUGAAAGAUGGUUUUUGGCCAAGGAUGAUAAUGUGCUUAUGCAUUUGAGAUGCUGGUGCUCUUCAACAGGUGCCAGCUCUGAUCUGAUACUGGACCGAAUAAUCAGACUGGUCAAGAAAUAUGAUAAAAUUGAUGCAGCAAAGGUUACCGAAACGGCUGAUUUUCAGAAGGACUUGAACCUGGAUAGCUUGGAUAGGGUUGAGCUUAUUAUGGCUCUUGAAGAAGAAUUUUCCAUAGAAAUUCCUGAUGAGAAAGCUGAUAAGCUUACUUGCUGUACUGAUGUUGCAAAAUACAUAGCCUCUGAAGCUGACAAAAAAAUUUAGGCAAUCCCUGACUUCUCGAUUGUUUGGCAUACAAAGUUUUUGUGGUUGAGCUGUAUCGAUAUCUGCAAAGUCAGCUUGGUUGAUAAGUAUUGAAACUGCUCAUCUCCUUUUCUCAUUUCUUUUUGUCACACUACCCCGAUGUAAGCAUGACACCUAAUUUAAAAAUUCUCUUGCUUUUUUUAAUGUUAAAAGUCUCCCUUUUAGCUGUUAAGAA